GUAUACUAGUCAGUACAUUUUUCCUCCUGCCGAAGACUUCUAUAGCUGCCGAACAGGUGGGCUUAGGAGUUUGUAAUGAGGCUGUCACUCCAGACACUGUAGGAGACCAGGAGAUGACUAUACCCAAAAGCUCUGCCAAACAGAAAGACUCGAACAGGGAAAAAUCUAGAGUGGAGUUAGGGAUCAGUAAUCAGGCUGUCACUCCAGACACCGUGGGAGAUCAGGCGAUGACUAUUCAAUCUGUCGGGAAUAUUCGAGAGUUUGAUGACAUCAAUUUAAACAAAGAACCAGGUCAGUGAAGGCGUUGGAUGCCACAGGGAAGGGACUCAAGUGUUCAAAACCUAAAAUCCUUUUGGCGUUCCUCUCAAAAUGACCUUGUUUUGUAGUUUACACGGUUGAGACACACAAAAUAAUAGUUAAAUAUUGUCAAUAGCCAUUAUUAGUAGGCCCUCUUAACGGGCCUGCUAAUGGCUACAUUCGCACUAAUAUUUCUAGAGAAUGACAAGCCGGUAGAAAAUGGAUCAACGCCUGAAAGGACAAUAUCACAGGAUGUGGACAAAUACGCGUCAG